AUGUCUCAACAGGAAAUCUCGUGUGGUUUAGAUUAUAUGACUCCGUCUGAUUUACAAGCGUGUCUUACAGAGGCAUUACAUGCAAAUUAUGCCUUUAUUGUUUCACCAAUAGUUCACCCACGUUUUCGCCGGACAAUUCUUCCAUCCGGUGCUGUAGUUGGUGGUUUUACACGGUCUGAUAUGAUUUUGUCUCCUCAAGACUGGAAUAGCAGGAUUGUUGGUAAACUAUCUGCAUAUUUAGAUCCAGAUUCACCGUCACCCAUAGUACGACAGCGGCAUGAAGAUUCUCUUAACGAAGAACUAUCUUACUGCCGCGGAUUAGGACUCCCAGCAGUGAUUUUAUCCUUGCAUUCCAAAAAUAGCAAUAAUUUAUCUCGAAUUUUACACAAUUACUUCGAAACAAGUCAUCAUCCAACUCUUAUAUGGACUUCUGUGCCUAUGCUAUGCCACAAAAUAUUAAAAACUAAUACUGAAGAAGAAAAUGAAAACGAGGAGGCUUGGAAUGAACCCUGGCAAUGGUGGACAAAGUUUCAUGAACAUAUGGAUUGGGAUAAAAAAAUUGGUGUUGUCUUAGAGAUAUCAGCAGAUCUGCCAUCACAAGACAUAUUGAAUAGGUGGCUUGGUGAACCUGUGAAAGCUAUUGUAGUACCUACUUCGCUUUUUCAUAAUAAUAAAAAGGGAUACCCAGUACUAUCCAGAGCUCAUCAGCAAGUAGUAGUAAGCAUGGUAGAACGUGAUGCUCAGGUGAUUGUCAGUGGAGCAAGAAGGUCAAACAUUGAAUAUUAUUUGCAAUAUUUGUACAGACUUUGGAAGAGAAGGCCAUAUGUUGCUGAUGAUCCUAUGCUAAGUUAUGCAAAAGGAUGGGAAGAUUAUCUUCAAACACCCUUACAGCCUCUAGCUGAUAAUCUAGAUACCCAUACAUACAAUGUUUUUGAAAAAGAUCCAGUAAAAUAUGAUCAGUAUCAAAAGGCGAUUGCUAAAGCACUCAAUGAUAUUCAGAAAAAAAGAAAAGAAAAAGACAGUGAUUUACAGAUCCCAAAAAAUGAUGCAUAUAUAAUAAAUACAAAAUCUGAAGAAAAAUGUAAAGUUAGUGAAGGUGAUGUUAUAAAAGAGUCAGACAAGCCUAUUACGGUCAUGGUGUUGGGUGCAGGCCGAGGACCGCUUGUCAGAGCUACACUCAAUGCCGCAGAUAUUACUCAAACUAAUGUGAAAGUAAUAGCAGUAGAAAAAAAUCCAUGUGCAGUAGUAGUGCUUGCUGCACAAGUGCGAGAAGUGUGGCGCGACCGAGACGUCGUAGUGAUACCUGGUGAUAUGAGGCAAAUCACUCUAUCACCUAAAGCAGACAUCAUAGUUUCAGAAUUACUAGGUUCUUGGGGAGAUAAUGAACUUUCCCCUGAAUGCUUAGACGGUGCUGCAGGUCUUUUAAAACCUGGUGGCAUAUCAAUACCUAGAGAAUAUUCAUCAUAUGUUGCACCAGUAUCGUCACCCAGAUUAUGGGCCGCAGCUAAAUGUGUUUCACUCGGAAAUUCUGCCCAAGUUGAGAAAAAUCUAGAAACCUUAUGGGUAGUUUAUAUGCAAAAUAAACAUAGCAUUGGAGACACAAAGGUGGUAUUCACAUUUGAACAUCCAGCAAAAGGUACAAAGGACCAUGAAGGACAAGAGUUGACAGAUUAUAGGGGAUUACCAUUAACAGAUAAUAGGAGAUCAACCACUGUUACAUGGGAAGUAAAGCAGGAUAAUGUAAUGCAUGGGUUUGGUGGAUAUUUUGACUGCACAUUAUAUGAAAAUGAAAUGAUAAGCAUAGUACCUUCAACACAUAGCCCUGGAAUGAUAUCAUGGUUUCCAGUAUUUAUUCCUAUAAAGACUCCAGUAAGAGUCAAGAAAGGUGAUGUCAUUAAAGCAACAUUUUGGCGUUGUGUGAAUGCCCGCAGAGUUUGGUAUGAAUGGAUAGUUGAAGUAGGCGAUCACAUUACACCUUUACAUAAUCCUAAUGGACGGAGUUCAGAAAUGUUGUUA